CACAGUCAGACACAAGAAACUUGUCAGGUGACCCGCCUUGGUCUUCGUCCACGGUUCACAGUCACGCACUUCGUAUCCAACUGGGAAGAUGCUCCGCGGGAUCCCCGUCGCCCACAUCCUCGCCGCCUCCCUCGUGGGGCUCGCCGCCGCCGCCGUGGCGAGCCGCCGCCGCCGCCGCGACCGGUGGCGAAGCCGCCAUCGCCGUGUCAUCCCACGUUUAGAUCGGACCGAAUCGGGCCGCCUCGCUAAGCUCGAGAGCUUCUCCGACUACGUGGCUAGGCAACUGGGAUUCGAAGAUGGGAGGGAGUGCCCGCGGCUUAGCAAGCUGGCGAUGGAGUACUUGAAGAGGACCAAAGGGUGUGGAGAGGAGUGCCCGCGGCUUAGCAAGCUGGCGAUGGAGUACUUGAAGAGGACCAAAGGGUGUGGAGAGGACAUCUGGGAGUUCUUCGCUAGCGAACCAGACGCAGAGUCGCUGUGCGACAAGCUCAUGGAUGAGUUCGAGCGAUGCAUCCUCAGUUACUUUGCGUUCCAUUGGAGCCAAGCCCCUGCUAUGAUCAGUCAGGUGCUUAGUGCUGAGUCCGAGACUAAGACAAAGCUCAAGGGCUUUGUGCUGGCCGCUACAAGGAAACAGAGGUUUGAGAGGGUGGCCAGGGACCUAAAAGUGACGAGGGUGAUAACCACUUUGGUAGAAGAGAUGAAGCUGAUCAGAGGGCCCGUGUGCAAGGGCGACGAAUCGACAGAAGUGAUGAUGCCGGUGGCUCACAGUCAGAGAAGCCCGGUCCUCUUGCUCAUCGGUGGAGGCACCGGAGCCGGAAAGAGCACCAUCAUCAAAGACAUUCUUCAGCAGCCACUCUGGGUUGAAGCAGCAAGUAAUGCUGUGGUAGUGGAGAUUGAUGCAUUCAAGGAGACGGAUGUUCUGUAUAAGGCACUCAAUACAAAGGGUCGUCAUAAUGACAUGCUUCAUACCGCUGAACUGGUUCACCAGUCAUCUGCAGAUGCAGCAUCCUCGCUUCUGGUGACUGCACUCAAUGAGGGAAGAGACGUGAUCCUGGAUAGCACACUGUCAUGGGAGCCGUUCGUUGAGCAGACAGUCACGAUGGCUCGGAAUGUCCACAGACAUCGUUAUAGAAUGGGGGUCGGAUAUAAGGUGGCCGCCGACGGCACCGUCACCGAGGACUAUUGGGAGCAAGUUCCGGAAGACGAACAAGACGAACCAAAUCCCCACAGAAAGCCGUACCGAAUCGAGCUGUUGGGAAUUGUGUGUGAUCCUUAUCUCGCCGUGGUGAGAGGCAUUAGGAGAGCCAUAAUCGAAGGAAGAGCUGUAAGAGUGAAUACACAACUCAAAUCCCACAAGAGAUUUGCGGACGCAUUUCGGAGGUAUUGCCUGCUCGUGGACAGUGCCAGGCUCUAUCGCACCAGCGCCAUGAGUGGCUCACCUGCGUUGAUAGCAUGGAAAGAUGGGGACAGCAAGCUGCUUGUUGAUCCGGACGAGAUCGAGUGUUUGGCCACCAUAGGCAAAUUGAAUCCGGAUGCAGACUCCGUAGGUGAGCUUUACCCGGAUCCGAGCCCACUCCACAAACCCGGGUCGGUUUGGAACGAUGUCGUUCUCUCGCCGUCGAGGCCAACCAUCCUUUCGGAACUGAGGACUGCGGUUAAGAAAGUUGAAAACCAGGCAAUUUGAAAGUCUUGGAAUUUAACCCUAAGUUUUGAUUUAAUCCUUGUUUUGUUUGGGAUUUGCCCUUUGUUCGUGAAGAGAGGAUAAAUCCAAAGAUAUGUUAGAUCGAUUGGCUUGCAUAGU